AUGCUUGAGUACGCCUGGUACACCUGCCCUACAAUUACCCCCAUGCUUGAGUACGCCUGGACAUACCCGGAUGAGGAGACACUUGAGGCUGCAAUGGAGACCUUGAGGGAGAGCCUGGAGAAGGUUUCAGAAGGGGUGUCAUCCAAGCCUGCCUUCUUUACAUUUGUACCAGUGAUGAAGAAAUUACCAAUGCAAGGCGUCAUUGCUGAGGGAGCGAGAGACAAAAUUGUGCUGGAAAAACUGAAUAAGAAUUCAGCUGCGCCCGGAGAGACGGCAGCCAGAGACACUAUGACGGACGGGGGGCUCUUCAAAGCGGAGGUGAUCUACAUUAAAGACUCCGAGGAAGGUGGAGCAGGAAACACGGUCCGAGGAGAGGCCCGUCCUCACCUAACCCACCUCCCUGAUCACGUCAACCUCCCUCCCACCUCCCCAGCGUCACACGUCGCUCACGAGUACACGGCCGGUCGUUGCAAUGGCGGGCCGGCCUCUAUGGAAACAGCUGUUGAUAAACACGGGGGCAUUUCCCAACAGCAGUGUCACCAAAUCUCCCCCGCUGCAGAGGUUAGCUCAGGUUUCUUUGCAAAUAGACUGCCCGCGUCAGAAAAUAGGACGAGUCCCGCAAACUCCGUGGACUUGUUUCCCACCCCAGCCUCCUCCAGGGAGUCCAUCCUGUCAGAGGGUUGGGACAAAGAGAGGAGCUGGUGCUCCAACCGGGCGUCGCCUACUUCCUCUUUCAGCCAGGUGGCCUCUCCAUGUUCCUCGGUGCGAUCCGGCGUGUUCUCCCCCGCCGUGGUCCAGGUUAAAAGGCACUCCCUCGCUCCGGGCUUUAGUCUGGUUCACAUGCCUUCAAGUUGCUUCUCCUCCAGCGAGAGCCUCUCCUCCUCCUCCUGCUCCGCGGGGGCCCGCUCGCCCCCUCCGCGGCACCGUCCCCCUCUCACCCGUCUCUCCCUCCUUACAGCUAUUCUGAGGAAGGGCCGCCUCCCGGUUCUUUCUGCCGCCCUGCAGAGGCCGUACUCCCCCUGCUGGCCUGUUAACUCCGUCACCCUGUCCUCAUGCAAAGCCUGCUCAGCUGCCUCCAGCGUGGCGUCCAUCCCCUUCGAGGUGUCCUCCAGAUGCCCCACGAGGGCCUCCGCCGAUGACCACGCUUCCAGCCAUCAUCCGCGGGAGUCCUACAGAUAUGCCAACGCCCCUCCGCCGGUCAUGCACUCAAGACAAGUUGACAGCAAAGGGCCUCAAACAACAAUAACUAGGGGUUCAUAUCAACCUCAUUUAAACAAUGGACCUCGAUGGCAGAGAGUCGUCUCACCGCCGCCAGCCCAAAGUCUUCCUGAGAGCUUCGCAAGAGAAUCGAAAACGAACGUGCAGCCCCAAGUUCAAAUGCCACCAAUUCGUUCACCGCAACCCAAACUGCCUCCUAAUUUGGCAUUCCCUAAAGAAACCUCUGAACCCAAAACACCUCAGAGGCAUUUACACUCAUAUGUCAAAUGCGCAACGCCAGAGUCUCGUGAGUUUAAGCCUGCUGACACUCAGAUGGACUUCGGGGGCCGAGCAGCAGAGAAUAACACCCGAUUCACGUAUCUCACCAAAUCCGGCUCCCCAUCUCCGAAGCCCCCCGACGUGAAAGGAACCUCUGUGCUUAACGAUAAGGCUCCACGGCCAGAUUCAUCCAGCGUCUCCAGAAAUGCCCUCCUUUCUCUGCAACCUGAAUCUCUCCCCACCUGCCCUACUGACCCCCACCCGCCUCUGAAAUCACGCCCGGCUUCUUCUGUGCGGCGCUACGUUGAUUCGGUAUCCCCGCCACCUGCUCCGCCAUGCAUUGGGAGAGGAGAGGCGAUGGCAGCGGCAGGGCAAAGCUCACCCAAGUCUGCAGGCAACAGGAGGCCACGUACGGCCUCCAGGGCUGACUGUCUGUCUCCCUCCCGCUACACGCCCAUCGCCUUUCCCGGAUGGCCGUCGCCCUCCCACUCUCCUCCUUCUACGCCAGACCGCUUCACCCUCACGCCCUCCCCCGCCCUCACCCUCUAUGACCUCACACCGUCCCCCUCUCUCUCCCUUCGCUCCACCCCCUCGCCCAGGCUGUGGGGCGGAGUGUCAGACUGCAAUGACAGGGAGGGUAAAAAGAGAAAGCCACACAAGAUUAAGUCGAGCUACAAGUCCCUUGCUGCAAUUCCCACCAACACCCUUCUGCUGGACCAGCAGAAAAAGCUGCAAAGCAUGUCGUUGCCAAGGAACCUGGGAAGUCAAACUACAAAUACCAAACCGGGGGUCAUUCGUCCCAUGGCUGCCAUUCCAAGACUGUCAGAGGAGAACAGCGAAGAAGAACAUCGUCCCAACCCCUUCAGGCAGUACCUGCUGGAGCCGCCAGCACCACAUGACAGAAAGCUGGAGGACACGUGGGGCGUGGAGACGGGGGAAGACGCUCAUCUGACGGGGAACCAGCAAGCACUAAACAAGGAGGGGAUCCGCGCCAGAACCACCCCACUGCCAAGGCCCGCCCCACUGUUUAGCAGGCCUGAGGACAAGAACCUUGGCUCCAUGGCACACGGCCCCCAGCGGGUUACUGCGCCCUCCUUCAGUCCCGCAGAAGCACCGACAGCAGCUUUGGAGAUUCACAUUUGAAACAAAAAUGCCAGAGGGGAAAUCUCUGAAUUGCUUUACAGAAGCUUCAAAAGAGCUCAAACAACUCGGAGAGAAGGCUAUUAUCCAAAAGUGCUGCGCGUGAAGUAAAAACUCAAGAUCUUUUUUUCCCCUUUAAUCACAGAUAUCUUAUGAACUAUAGCCAGUGUUGAACAGAAUUGCAUAUGUUACAUAACAAGACCAAGGGAUUUGCAUCUGGUGUUAUACUGGGGGGGGGGGGGCACAUACUUGGUGUGCAAGGAAUGCCACUCAUCUUAAUGCGCCAACAACACUUUUGGUGUAGAAUAACUUAAUCAGUGAUACUGCUCCAUCUUCUUAGUAGAAUAAUGUGGACCAGAGACACGUGGACUUGCAAGUCCAAUGGUAGAAGGGGUACAGUGACAGCAACAGAAGACUCGUGACGUAUAGGGGCUGUGUAUUGGCGAGAAUCUGAUAUGAUACGUGCCACGAUACAGCGGUUAUAUCGCGAUACUGGAAGCAAGGCGAUAUAUUGUGAUGUCAUAGGCCUGUGUUCUUUGUGCUUCUGCUGCUUCCUGUCUCAGAGUUUACGUUGUCGCGCUGGAGUGGAGGAGUCAAAUGGCUGAGGACGGAUUACAACGCUGUUACUUAGCGGCCGUGGGGGUUACACACAACACAAGAUGUUUGUCACGAACCUUUACACCUAAACAAUUAAAAAUCGAUAGUGGUUUUUUAAGAAUCGAUACGGUAUCGCAAAAUGUAAUAUCGCCACGCUCGAGGGUAUCGAUAUUUUCUUACUCCCCCUAGUGGUGUAAACCUUAAAACUCAUUCAUCGCCACAAUAUUCCGUGAUCCAAUACUUCUUUGAAAUAUAACGUAACUAGAAGAACCCCGCUACAAUGUAGCGGUUUGCUUAUCCACCCGUCUAAAUCUCCCUCCUCUU